GGAGCCGCAGCCCGGAGGAGCCGGAGCAGCAGCCGCAGCAGCCGUGGGAGCGGCGGGGCCCGGGAAGACCCAGCGCCGCCCGGACGGGGCCCCCCGCAAGGAGCCCGGGGAGCCCCCCAGGAACGAGCCCGAGGCCCGGCGGGAGGUGGCGGAGGCGGCCGCCCAGCCCCGCUCAGGCCCAAGAGCCGCCGCGGCCUCCAGUGGCAGCCGAGCCCGGGCGAGAGGAGCCGGGGCCUGGGGAGGGGGAAGCCAGGGACAGCCCCCAGCCAGCCCGGGGUGACAGCCCCGUCCCCCCCGCGGGAGAGACCCCAGAUCCCAGCCGUGGGGAGGGAGCCUCAUAGGCAGCUCCCUGAUCCCCAGCCCCAAAUAUCUGCCAAGCGGCGGACGCAGCCCACUGACCGGGGCGAGAGCCUCUGCAGCCCCCUUCCCAUCCGGGGUGGAGCCACCCUCAGCUCCCCAGUACCUCGUCAGAGGGCGCAGAGGGACACCCUCCCUCAUCCCUCCAGAUCUAAAAUAGACAAGGAGACACCCCCUCCCCCAUUUUUCCCAAGCCCAGCCAGACAGUCAGUGGGGAACCUCCGGGAGAGAGACCCCUUAUCUCCACUGGGGACAGAGCAAGCCCUGAAAUACUUAGCCAGAAAGAAGCAAAACCCCACAUAGUUGCCCAGUAAUUAAUUAACACCCAUUCAGUAUCCAACAAGAAAGCAAGGCCCAGGGAAGAGACACCCCUCACCGACUGGAAGUGCCUAGAACAGAGUUCUAGAUACCAACCUGGCAAGGGGCACUCCCCCCUGAAAGAGGAAAUAGCCCCACACUCCUAUAAAAAGACUAUCCCAAAUAUCCUAUGUAAGGUGGGGGAGAAACACCUGCCAGCCAGCCACCAGGGAGGAGAAAAGAGACUUCCCUGAAAUAUUCAGUUAGUAAGAGGAACUCCCCCAGAGAAGGGGGAGAUUUGCCUGCCCCAAAAGGGGACGUGAACCUAUAGGGAAGAGAAAAGGAAACCCCCAGUUAGGGAGGGAAGGGGGAAUUGAUCUCCCAUAUAACCAGAGAGCCAGUGGGGAGAAGAAAACAGUAUCACCCCAGAGUGACACCCCUUAAAUAGUUGGCUAUUAAAGAAGAGAGAAAAGAGGAGAUCCCUAUCCUAGGAUACCACCAGCAAUUUAGGGGGAAGACAACCCCAAGCAGAUCAUUCUACCUCUCAGGGUCCCGACUUCAUCCACAACCCCCUCCCUCUCAAAAUCUGAAGAAGAUCUUGGAAUAGCUGGCAGCAAUGCUCUGAGGAUGGAGUCCAGGGGAGGAGUGUGAAGGGCAGAACCCCAAAAACCAGUGCUGGAGAUAACGCCCCCCUCCCUACAGAAAAUCUUCCAGACAGACUCUCCAGGAUCUUAGCUUGGAUUGGAACCCUAGAAGUGAAAGAGAUGUUCAAGGUUCCAUAUCCUAUUUCCUGAUCGCCCUGAGCCAGCCAGUUCCUCUGAUGUGGGGUUGGUUUGGAACCAGUAACCUACAAAAGAAAGAAGAGUAGCAGACACUCCGGCUUCCGGCAUCAUGGCCUCUGACCUGGAAAGCAGUCUCACUUCCAUAGACUGGCUCCCCCAGCUCACUCUGCGAGCUACUAUUGAGAAACUAGGGGGUUCCUCGCAGGCGGGGCCCCCAGGGGCUGCCCGGAAAUGCCCCCCAGGCUCCCCCACUGACCCCAACGCCACGCUGAGUAAGGAUGAGGCUGCAGUGCACCAGGAUGGGAAACCACGCUACAGCUAUGCCACUCUGAUUACCUAUGCCAUCAACUCGUCGCCUGCCAAGAAGAUGACACUUAGCGAGAUCUACCGUUGGAUCUGCGACAACUUCCCCUACUACAAGAACGCUGGCAUCGGAUGGAAGAACUCCAUUCGCCACAACCUGUCUCUGAAUAAAUGUUUUCGAAAGGUGCCUCGACCGAGGGACGAUCCUGGGAAGGGUUCUUACUGGACAAUAGAUUCCUGUCCAGAUAUCUCCCGCAAGAGGCGGCACCCUCCAGACGAUGAUUUAUCACAGGACUCCCCAGAACAGGAGGCGAGUAAGAGCCCACGGGGGGCUGUCCCAGUCAGCACAGAAGCCUCUCUGCCCCCUGAGGCUACCCCUCAGCUAUCACUGCAGAGCACCACACCCAUUGCCAGCUACAGUCAGCAGGGCACAGGGCCCGUGGAUGUGGCAGCCACUGUGGCAGGAGGGCAGGGCCGUGAAGGGGCAGAUGUGCCACCCCCACUCUACAGUACUAACCACGACUUCAAGUUCUCCUACUCUGAGAUAAACUUCCAGGACCUGAGCUGGUCUUUCCGAAACCUCUACAAAUCCAUGCUGGAGAAAUCGUCCUCUUCCCAGCACGGUUUCUCUUCUCUCCUUGGCGACAUGCAGCCCUCCAAUCACAACUACUACAUGUACCAGCAGCAGCAGGGCCCCUCAUCAGUGGGGGCUGCUCCCCCACUCCACACCGCAAGCCCAGAGGGCUGUCCACCCCAGGGGGGCAAGCAGCAGAGUGGCGAUGGCUAUGGUCCCCCACCUGUGAUGUCCAUGCACCCACCCCCGAUGCAGCAUGGAGGGUACCACCAGCACCAGCAGCACCACCCGCACACCCACCCACAGCACCAGCAGCACCAACACCAGCAGCACCAGCAGCAGCAGCAGUCCCAGGCUUCAAUCAACAACGCUGGCUUUGCAUUCCCCCCUGAGUGGUGCUCCAACAUUGACUCCCUGAAGGAAAGCUUCAAGAUGGUGAACCGGCUGAACUGGUCUAGCAUUGAACACUCCCAAUUCUCAGAGCUGAUGGAGAGCCUGCGCCAGGCUGAGCGGAAGAACUGGACCCUGGAUCAGCACCACAUUGCCAACCUCUGCGACUCCCUCAAUCACUUUCUCACGCAGACUGGUCAGCUCCCUCACCUGGGGGGCCCUCAGCAGCCCCCCCGAAUCUCUGAUUCUUGCGCCCUGAAUAGUGGCAAGCAGGAGCAGUCCAUGAACCAAGUGAACUCUUAUGGUCAGCCUCAGCCUCCCCAUCUCUUCUCCGGGCCAUCUCCUAUGUACCAGAUGUCCACCCAGGACAAUCCAGGGUAUAAUCGCCCAGCUCACCAUCUGGUCCCCCGGCCUCCAGUCCCUCCUCAAGGCGCCAAUGAGGAAAUCCCUGACGAUUUCGACUGGGACUUGAUCACCUAGCGUGUUACAGACUCGAGAGCCCGUCCCUUGUGAGGGACCUGGGAGGGAAGGGAGGCAUGGGGAGAAAGGUCGCAGGUCCAGCUGCCCAUGCCUCCCUGCCUUGCCUGUAUAUAGAUAUAUAUUCUCUCUCUGCGCCAGAGAAGACACCGCAAGAUGCUGCCGAAGAUAAUCCUUCCUUGCGUCCUGUUUUACCUUCUUUUUUUCUUUUGUUCAUUAUUAUUAUUAUCAGUAAUCGAGCACGGCCCUCCCCCACAUCAGAUCGGCAUCCCCACAUUGUGUGGUGCCCUGUGUGGGGCGGAGGGUGGAGAGAUGGCUCCCUGGUGCCAUGACAAGACCUUGGAAGGCUGAAACCUCAAGAGCAUCUUUCUCUGCCUCACUCAUUUUGCGUUUUACAAUCCCUCUUUGCUGGUGAAUCUGUUGUAUUGGCUACCGGAGUGAGAGAGCCUAGUGGACCCUGGGAGCCUGUAAUUAUGUUGUUUCAUAAAUGUUGUAAAGGUCAGGGGCUCAAAGGGACAUUGGAGGGGUGAUUUUAGCUCCGUGAUCAUUCUCACACCAGCAAGGGACGGCAAGAGGAAGAGGGAAGACCCUGAAGAUAAAGAAAGCAGAAUCUCUGCGGGGGGUGAGAUACAGCUGGGAUUUGGGGUGAGCUGGGAGAGGGAGGCUCUGAGUGCAGAAAAAGGAGAAUUUCAAGCACAGAUGCAUUUGGGAUUCAGAGAACACUGCCAUUUGUGAGGAGAUCAGAGGGAACCUGACCUGUUUUCUAUGCUGACUUUUGCAGUCUCUGGGAAUGUGAAGCCCACCUGUCAAGUAGGGGAAGCUCAGCAGGUGUGUUUUGCACCAGCAUUGGAGGGAUCAGGUACAGCACAUCAAAUAGCAUUCCCCGGGGCUUUUAACAUCACCAUUCCCCCUUUCCCCCAACUGUCCCUAUAGAUAUGCAGUGAGGCUUUUAUUUGCAUCUCCAAAGAAGACACCUGCAAAUUAGGAAGCACUCCUCCUAUCCCCUCAGUUCUUGUUCAGUUAGUUAUUCCCCCCAUUAAUUUCUUUGGAGACUGUCCUUGCCUGUGGUGUAAGGAUGCAAGCAAAGGGACUCUUGUCUGCAUAAAUACCCGGUCGGUGGUUCCUAUUUGGGGAGUGAACCAAGGAUGGAAAGAAGAAGCCACUGCUCAGAACUGAGGGAGAUUUGGGGACUUGUAGGUUAGAGAUUGGAAUCGCCCCCCCGUCGCUCCCUUUCCCCCAGCCCCAGUUGAAGAGGUGUGAGGCUUCACAGUUGUUACGUUUCAGAAGCAUAGAUGACAGGACAGGAGGUGUGGGUCAGAUAUUUAAACUGCACAGCCAAAGGGAGGAAUGGGGAAGAUGGGAAGGAGAGCUGUUGAAGCAGAAAUGAGAGUUGAGCUGCCCUUUCCCCAGCUGUGUCCCCUGGCUGUCCCCCUGUUUCUAGCGUGGCUCUGUUCUGUCAAACCUCUUGUUUCCUCUUUCUGUUUUGUAGCCCCCUAGCCCCUGUUUAUUGGUGAGGGGAACCAAGUUGGAAGCAAACCAUCAUGGGGACUCAACAUGCCAAGGGUGGGGGAGAUAAUUUAGCAUCGCUAUAUAAUUUGCUGUUGAGAUAAACCAAUUGGAUCUUUGUCGGGACAGUCUUGGAUUUGACGGGGGGUGGGGGGUACUGUUUUUUGUUGUUGUUUUUUUUUUAAGUGGGGGUGGUCAUCUCUGAGCAUUCUCAAGGGGAGUGGGGAAUCCCAGAGCCGACUUCAGCAUGGAGUUAGCCAGCAGUUCUCUCUGCUGCCGAGGAUGGGAAUGAUAAGACUAGGUAGUCAUGUUCGGUUGGGUUUCUGUGGCAUGGAGCUGCAGAGAUCACCUCCCUCCAGGUGCCACUCAGUGCUUUGCAGGGGAUGUUCCCAAGAGCCGGGCCCGUGGAAGUUGUUCAGGAGGCCGCUUGGCCUUUCAGAGAACCCUGAAAACAAACCAAGAUGGCUCCUUUGCGUAGUCAAGUGCUCCUCACUUGCAUAUUCAUUUGCCUUGUUUGCAUAUUCAGUUGCGCCUCAUUUGCAUAUGUAAAUAUAUGCCGGUCAGUGUGCAAAUUAGCCUCGCCCCCCACCCCUGAAAUACCGUGCAUCAUUUGUGGGCAAGAUGGCAUCGGAUUGGACACAUGGAGUCAAAGGGCUUCGCACUGGAACUGCACUGCAAGCUGGUGACAUAGCCUGUCAGGAGUGAAGGGAUGCAGUCAACGGAGAUCAGCCUGCAAGUGAGAGGAGUCCCUUGCACACCCUUGCACUGUGGUGUGGCCCAUGAUGCUUUGUGUCAAAGAGAGAGGAGAGGGGGUGUGGCCUCACGAGUUUAUUUUUGUGCAUGCUUUCUUAAUAAAAACAAAAAGUGAAUGUUUAUGGUUUAA